AUGACACUCAUGAUAUCGCACCUGCACGAGCAACUUCUUGUCAAGGCCGUUGACAAACAUGGCUCCCAGCGACCCGUGGACAUGUUGGACAAUGACUCCAUCCGUCCCACACCAGCCAAAGAUCGAACCUGGACUCAAUUCACGUACAUGAUGUUCUGGUUCUCUGCGACGGCAAACGUCAGCAAUUUGUACUCUGCCUCUACGGGAAUGACCAUGGGGCUUACCAUGUGGGAGGCUAUUGCCUGCUCCUUUGGUGGCCAGAUUCUUGCUGGAUUCUUGAUGGCACUGAACGGUCGUGCUGGUGCAAUGUAUCGAAUUCCCUUCCCCGUGUUAUGUCGGUCUAGUUUUGGGCCGUGGGGUGCUUUCUGGCCGACUUUCAAUCGGGCGGUCAUGUCGAUUGUGUGGAAUGGUGUUAAUUCUGUUCAAGGAGCGCAGUGCUUGUAUGUCUUCCUACAUGCCAUCUUUCCUUCCAUCGAAAACAUUCCUGAUAAGAUGGGCUCCAAGUCCGCUCUUACCUCUGCCCAGAUGAUGUGCUUUUUCGUCUACUGGAUCAUUAACUGCGCAUUCCUCGUUGUGCCCGUCCCCAAGAUGAAGUCACUGGUAUACGCAAAAGUGGUAGUCUACUUUGCCGGUACCAUUGCAAUGCUAGCAUGGACAGUAUCCCUAGCCGGUGGUUCUUCCAAGUUCCUACACAUGUCAUCCACUGUCCACGGCACGGAGAAGAGUUAUCUGAUCCUAAAGUUCUUCUGGCUGGGACUCGCAUCUUGUGGGACAUUCGUGUCCAACGCAGCCGAUCUUCAACGCUACGCACGAAAACCAAAUGAUGUGCUCAUCGGCCAGAUUAUCAGCUUCCCAGUGUCGAAUCUGUUGGUUGCGAUUCUGGGCAAUGUGAUUGCAUCAGCCAGCAAGGCCAUCUUUGGAGAGUUGAUCUGGAACCCUCUCAAUUUCCUGGAUAAACUAAUGGAAGGAGAGCGAUAUACCUCCGGAAACCGCGCAGCCUGUGCCUUUAUUUCCUUGGCUUUCGUGUAUUCCACUGUGUUCUCUGCCAUAUUCGAAAACUCCAUUCCCGCCGGAAAUGACAUCGCAGCACUAAUGCCGCGAUACAUCACAAUCAAACGAGGUUUCUUCAUCUGCGCAGUCCUUUCAUACGCAAUCUGCCCAUGGUAUCUCCUCUCCAGCGCCUCGAUAUUCAUCACAUUCCUCUCCUCCUACCAAAUCUUCCUCUCCGCCAUCGCCGGUAUCCUAAUCUGCGACUACUACCUAAUUCGCCGUGGCAACCUGAACAUUCCCGCUCUGUACACUGCACACCCAGAGGGACUGUACAGAUACUUGUACGGCUUUAACCCGUGGGCCUUUGCAACUUAUAUUAUUGCCGUAGCGCCCAACUUCUAUGGUUUUCUUAGUCAGAUGGGCGUUAAGGCUCCGGUUGGGAUCCAGCGGUUUUAUUAUGUUGCUUAUCCGACUGGGUUGUUGGUUGCGUUUUGUGUGUAUUAUGCUGGUAGUUUGGUUUUUGCGCCGAAGGGGAUGGUUAAAGGUCCGGGUUGGAAGGAGCCGAAGGAUUAUGUGGAUGAGAAUGAUCCGACUGGGGAUGAGCGGUAUGCCAUUGAUGGGGUUGAGGUUGGUGAUUCUGCGGCUGAGAAGGGGACUUUAACUGCUUUGAAGGAGGUGAAGUUUUGA